AUGGAGACCCCGGAGUUCAACUCUUCACUCCCUGGUAUGAAAAACUUCGCACCCAAGAUCAUCAAUGACGACCACGGUGCCAUCCGCAACCUGAUCGAGAAGCCAGCUUCGGGCAAUGCGUACCUAGCCAAUGUCUCCUACUUUGAGGAACUAGGCUUUGUCCGCACAAAGGGUCAAACUACCGCAGAGUUUCUCUCCUAUGUCACCGAUCCUGCUCAUCGUGAAGCCACGCCGGGCAGCGUGGCCGCGAACAUGCACACGGCUGCUGACUUCACAGCCUUGUUUAAGAGCUCCCCACACUACAUUAGUCUAGCCCACGAAAUCAAUGAAUCGUUGUCCCAAGGUCACCCGCAGGCCGCCAAGUCAACGAAAACCGCAUCAUUCCACCUGUCCUACCCGUUGCAAGUUUGGGAGUGUCUGCUGCGCGAGAUCCAGCUCGUGCGUGGCCAGGCCAUCAUCCACUACGGGAAGUGGAUCGCCACCAUCAUUUUAUGUCUCAUUAUUGGAAGCGAGUACUUCGACGUCUCGACGAAUGCCCAGGGUGCUUUCUCCCGUGGCGGUCUGAUUUUCUUCGCCCUCAUCGUGAACGGCUGGCUCCAGUUCCCGGAGCUCUUUGAUGCGCACACGAACCGUCCCGUUCUGGAGCGUCAAGCGGCACCGCACAUGUACCGACCGUCAGCGGUGGCUCUGGCUCGAGUCAUCAUUGACUUCCCGCUGAUCGUCUGUCAGACCAGCAUUUUUGUCAUAGUAUUCUACUUUCUGGCAGGGCUACAGGUCAAAGCGGGCAGAUUCUUCUUCUAG